GCUCACCGGGGCUGCCGCAGCUGGCGGCGCGCGCCGCCGCCAUGGGGGAGCUGCCGCCUUCCUAGCGAGCGGGCUAAAGGUGGAUUUCCUGAAGAUGGCUUUAUAAAGAGCUAUGGAAAAAAAGGAAGUUCUUUUCUGAAUGCAGUACUCUUACAGGCAAAAGGCCAUCUGCUAAUUGAGUGACCUGCCACUUACAUUAAUAGAUUUUCAAAAGAAAAUGAUGGAAGAGUAUUUACCAGAAAUGCAAAGCACCCUGGAGCCAGUCAGUCUGUUGGAUAAUGCCUAUUCCAGCUCCCCAGAUAACAAGAAGCCUGAUAAAACAUCUGAAAUGAAGGACUGCUCAAACAUCUGUUUUGCUGGAGAUGAUGGUAAUACCUUGGAAAGCGAAUCUAAGUUGUUCCCUUUGAACCACGAUUCAACAGCUAUUGACACAAGCAGCGAUGGGACUCUGGCAGAAAUACAGGAGCAGCAGGGUAUGCCUGAUCCCGGGGGAGGUGGAGACUGUGGUGCCAAUACCUGCUUUGAAAGAAAGAAAGAAGGCCCCAUGAAGACAGGGCACUUCUCUAGUGAAGAAUUUGAACGACAAGAUCCAAAAUCUAAUCAGACGGAACAGUCGCUAAUGGAAAUAUUACAGGAGCUAAGGGAGGAGUCUGACUUUGUGAAAAAAUCUAUCAAUAAAAUCUGUUCAGAAAGCCCUUAUGACACAGACUGUACAAAGAAGCUUAUUUCCACAAUACAUCAGACUUCCUCGCAGGAGGAUUUACUAGAAGAAAUAGAAUCUGAACUUUUAUCUACAGACUUUUCAAAAGAACGCAAAUUCCCAAAUGGUGUGAGAAAGGGUGAACAUGCCUUGGCCAUGUUUGAAAAGUGUGUGCAAGAUAAAUACUUGGAGCAGGAGCAAACUAUAAAAAAAUUGAUUAAAGAAAAUAAAAAACAUCAGGAAUUGAUUUUGGAAAUCUGCUCAGAAAAAGACAACUUAAAAGAUGAAUUGAAAAAACGAACAGAAACGGAAAAGCAGCACCUCAACAUUAUUAAACAGCUAGAAGCAAGAAUAGAAGAGCUUAAUAAAGAAGUGAAAACUAGUAAAGACAAACUUUUAACGCAAGAUGCAGCAGCUAAAAAUGCUAUUCAGCAGUUGCAUAAAGAGAUGGCAUUUCGAAUGGACCAGGCAAACAAGAAAUGUGAAGAAGCACGCCAUGAAAAGGAAACAAUGGUGAUGAAAUAUGUCCGAGGGGAGAAGGAAUCACUUGACCUCCGAAAGGAAAAGGAGAUACUUGAGAGAAGGAUGAGAGAUGCAAAUAAAGAGAUUGAAAAGCAUACUAAUAAAAUCAAACAGCUUUCUCAGGAAAAAGGAAGAUUGCACCAGCUUUAUGAAACCAAGGAUGGUGAAGCCAUUCGACUGAACAGAGAAAUAGAAAAACUGAAAGAAGAAAUCAAUUCUCAUGUUAUCAAAGUAAAGUGGGCUCAGAACAAGUUGAAAACAGAAAUUGAUUCACACAAGGAAACCAAGGAUCGCCUCAAAGAUGCAACAACAAAAUUAACUCAAGCAAAAGAAGAAGCAGACCAGAUAAGGAAAAACUGUCAAGAAAUGAUAAAAACCUAUCAAGAGUCGGAAGAAAUCAAAUCAAAUGAAUUGGAUGCAAAGCUGCGAGUAACAAAAGAAGAACUAGAGAAACAGAUGCAGGAGAAGUCUGACCACCUGGAGGUGCAUCAUGCAAAAAUAAAAGAACUGGAAGACCUGAAGAGAACGUUUAAAGAGGGCAUGGAUGAGCUUCGAACACUAAGAACAAAGGUAAAGUGUCUAGAGGAUGAACGUUUGAGAACAGAAGAUGAAUUAUCCAAGUAUAAGGAAAUCAUUAACAGACAGAAAACUGAAAUCCAGAAUUUGCUGGACAGAGUCAAAAUUGUAGAUUGUCUGCAUGAUCAACAUCAGAGAGAUGAACAAGAAAUAAAUGCUUUAAAGGAAGAAGUAGAUGGUCUCAAUUCUCUUAUUGCUGAUCUCCAAAAGGACAUUGAAGGUAGUCGGAAAAGAGAGUCUGAGCUAUUGAUAUUCACUGAAAAAUUAACCAGUAAGAAUGCACAGCUUCAGUCUGAAAACAAUUCCUUACAGAGCCAAUUGGAUAAGUUCUCUUAUAGCGAAAGAGAGCUACAGAAUCAACUGCAACGUAUUCGACAGACUAAAGAUGAUCUGGCCACCAAGUUGCAGAAGGAGGAGGACCUGCGAAAGCUAGAAGUUGAGACACUACAGGCUCAGCUGGCUUCAGAGCAAAAAGAACUAGCAGCAAGGAAGACCCACGUGGAUGAACUGAAAGACGAACUAGCUACCCAGAAGCGCAAACAUGCAGCAAACCUGAAAGAUCUCACCAAACAACUUCAGCUAGCACGGAGGAAAUUGGAUCAGAUGGAAAAUGGUAAUUAUGACAAAGAAGUCAGCAGCAUGGGGAGCCGUUCCAGUUCAUCAGGUUCCCUUAACGCUCGCAGCAGCACUGAGGAUCGGUCGCCUGAGAAUACUGGAUCUUCAGUAGCUGUAGAUAGCUUCCCAGAAGUGGACAAGUCUGUCUUGAUUGAAAGAAUAGUAAGACUACAGAAGGCACAUGCUCGAAAAAAUGAAAAGAUGGAGUUCAUGGAGGAUCACAUUAAACAACUAGUGGAGGAAAUCAGGAAAAAAACUAAAAUUAUUCAGAGUUACAUUUUGCGAGAAGAAGCUGGAACACUUUCCUCAGAAGCUUCUGACUUUAACAAAGUACACUUGAGUAGGCGGGGUGGGAUUAUGGCAUCUCUGUAUACAUCUCAUCCUGCGGAUAGUGGUCUCACAUUGGAGCUCUCCUUGGAGAUAAACAGGAAGCUGCAGGCUGUGUUAGAAGAUACUUUACUGAAGAAUAUUACACUGAAAGAAAACCUUCAGACUCUAGGAACAGAAAUAGAACGUCUUACUAAACACCAGCAUGAACUGGAAAGGAGAACGAGGCCAACGUAACUAGAACUCUUAUGGAAUAACCAACAUAAAGAUGCAGAAGAGGCAGGUGCUACAGACCAUUGCUUUUUUACAGUUUUUCUGAAAUAUGGCUACCUGCCAGCACAAGCAUCCAGUACUUUACGUAUACAACCUUUUAAUUAUACGGGCUGUCCUUCACGUGAGAGAGUCUGCAGGGUUUGGCAUCAGCGUGGUUCUGUCUACUCAAUAGUAGCCUGAGAUGUUGCUGAAUUUUACUACGCACUACAUUGAGAUAAAAAUUUUGUUUGAAAUGACAUACAGACUGUUUGCAGUGCACACCGUUUUGAGUGAGUUGCAAUGAAAUUUUAAUUUGUGCACUGUAUAAUUAAUCACUUUUUUUAAUGAUAGGGGUUGGAAAAAUAAAGCUGAUUAUUUUUUAGUUGUUGAGCAUAUCCAGUGUUACUGAGCUUUAAGGGCUUUCAGACAUUACUUCCUUGCAUAUUAUUUCUGAUAUUUAGGUUGGUUAAGCGUUUUUGACAUGUGCAUGGAAAAAUGCUUCCUCACAAAAUUUGUUUUUUAAGUGAGGACCAUGGUAUUGUGUAUUUUCUGCUGUAGGUUAACAUUCAACUUGGUGUUUCUUUAUUUAAAAGAAGUGAAACAACAUUAAAAAUAAGAUAAGAAACUUGCUGGUUCAGUUGUUAAGUAUGUGUGAUUGAAGCAAUUGUCAACUCAACGAAUAGUAUAAACCCCUGAUCUUUAUGUGUGUGAAUCUAAAGAAUUCUUAUCUCAGGUAGUUCAUUACUGAAGUUCUCUGACUUUCUGCAUUAACUAAUAACAUUUAAAAAGUAGGAGUUUAAAUUGUCCACUGUUACACAUGUACAGGGAGACCUCCUGAUUAAAUCUGUCUUCAAAAUUUAAGCCCACUGAAGUUUCCUCAUUAACUAUGGAUAGAUUAGGCAGUAAAAGUGACAGUGAGAAAUGAGAACUGUAUUUAAGUGGAUUUGCAGUCUAUUAGUUGGACAAUAAAAGUGGCACAGAAAUUUGAGACUCUCUAAUUUUCCUGCUGUGAAGGAGACUGUCCAAAAUGGCCUGAACUUACAUCUGAUACUUAAUCCUUCAGCUACUGAGAGUGUGGUGAAGAAAGAGUAUCAAGAAGACAAGAUUCCAGUUUGUCACAAUAUCAUUUUCACAUUUUAAUUCCAGGUUUAUUUACAGGUCUCUGUUCCAGCAGUAAAUGCAUGUAUUUUAAUACAACAUGUAUUGUGUUUUGACCAAAAUUUAUUGAUCACAACCAGAGUAGGUGACAGCGUAAAUACGUAUUUUGUCUUUUUUGUUAAAUAUUUGCACUUCCUGUUAUCAUGAAAAAAUACUUAGUGUGCACUUAAAGUAGCUGAAGUGUUACUGUUUUAAUUAGAAAGGACACUUGAAGAGAAUUUUCUUUAUCUUAUCCCAGUUGCCAUUUACAUCAGAUGUAAAAGAAGAGGCCUGAAUCCUGUAUCACAAGGGAAAAAAAUUUAUCAAAGUACCUAGACAGCUUAGGUGUGUGUGUCCCAUUUUCAGGUGCCACUGAGUCACUUGAGUAGUUUGGGGGAUUUAUAAUGAGUUGAAUUGAGCAUAAGGGCCUAAUUUGGCUCUUAUGAGUAGUUUGGUGCAAGACAAUGAGACUUUCUUUUUACUUUAAAGAUAGGCAUCUCUGAAGGUGCUUGCAAGGUUAAAGUCUUGUAAGUUUUCCAGGGAGCCUUUGGAGUUUUGAAUAACCAGUCCUUCUAAUGUAAGAGGAUUAAGUCUUUGCAUAAAAAGGGAGGAUAAAAACAAGUGAUUUAAAACUUGAUGAGCACUGUAGGAACUGUGACCUUUUAACCUGGAUGGGAUUUUAUACAUACAUCUUUUUUUCUUUUUUCCUUUAAAAAAAAACAACAAAAAAAAACUCCUGAGAGCAAUGGUUAUGCACAGUGUUAGGGAAUUUUGACUUACCCAGUUAUGAAUUCCUGCUUUACAGUUGUUUAAGUGAUGUGGAGAAGUAAGUUCCAGGUUCUUCUGAAACAGAUUUGUCACAGUCUUCUGGAAAUCUGAGAGCUUACCUUGAGCAAUCAGGCAGUUUUUCCUGACUGAACUAGACUUUCCGUGGAAAGAAAGAAAUUUAGGAAGAACAAGUCACAUUUCAAAACAUAACUUAGCUCUUGUAUGUUUGUUUUCUUGCUUUAAUGUGCCAGCUCUUUGGAUAUUUUUCAGGCAUUCAACUGAAUGACUCCAGUAUUUUAGAUGCCGUGUUAAUAUUGUAACCAUAUAUGUUCUUCAGGUGUACAAUGUGAAUGAAGGAGAGGUGUGGUGCAGAUGGAGUAAGUGCAAUGAUAUUGCGGGAUUUUUUUUACUUUUUUGGCAUGUUCUUUCUCCUUUUAAAUUAUUAGAGAAACCUGGUUGGUUGUCCUCCUACCUGGCUGAAAAUGCUGCUUCCUCUCUGUAACACCAGGUAAAUUUUUGGUUAUGGAGACACACAAAGCAGCCCCAAAAAAUCACUUUGUUUAUUGCAUACUGUAUUUACAUGGACCAAGGUUUUCUUCUAGAUGUUUUAUUUUAAACAUACCUAUUAAAGAUGGAAAUUUCAUUCUAGUUUGCACACUGGCAAAUGACUAGACUAAGCAGAGAAGUUCGAGUAUGUGACAGGGUCAGUUAGCAACUUUGCUUAGUAAUAUUGCUUAUUCCUGAGAAAGAAUGCUGUGUUACCACAUAAAUAUUGCUGUCAAGUCACCUGCCUUUUUUCAUGGGCUAGACUAAGUGUCAGGAAUCUAAUGUUGGUGCAUAUUUUUUUGGUGAAAAACUAUGUAGUGGAGAACAGGCUAGUGGGUUUCUGAGGGAUUCUUUUAUACCGUGCACAUCUGGAGUGGAUGCAAGGCUUGUGCAGUAAUCACAUUUCACUUAUUUUGGAAACUUUUUGUCAUUGUUAUGAAUAUUAGACUGAAAUUUUUCCUCAGAUAAAUUGUUAUUUUGAAGACAGCCUGGAGCAGUUAGUUAGAUAUGUGCCAUUGAAAUUCAGUGUCCAUUACAUACCUAAUUGCUACAGGCUUUUUUUUUUUUUAAUUUUUUUUAAUUUUAUUAUUUUUUUUUAUUAUUUUUUUUGAAAAUGCCAGGCUUGUAGCUAGUUGCAUCCUACAGGCAGAUAUCCUACAUCUGUUUCUUGAAUACUCAGGGUGCUUUUUUAAAUGAAAACAUCCCACAUCCUGAUGUUCUUAGAAGUCCUAUGGAAAAGCUGCCUAUGCUUUUCCACCCUCUGUAAAAUGCAGUACUGAAGUUGGCUUAAGCCAGACCUUCCUAACUGAAGGGUACCACUUCAUGCUAUAAAAAUCACUGAUUUUUUGCUACGUAAACUUGUGCAAUAUUUUUAGUCUCCCAAAACCAGUGAGGAUCAGCUUAUGCUUGUCAGACUUUUAUUCUUCACCUAUUGCUGGCAACAGCUGCAGUAUCUCCAACUAUUAAAACACAGCUUGCUCUUUGUAAAAAUUGCCAUUAAAAUAUUUGGUUCAUAACUAGAAAAAUCAGAUCUCUUGCUUUCACUGAAUCAAGUUUAAAGCUGGUUGCUAGCAUGACACAGAACUGGGAUCAAGUCCCAGUAGUCCAGAGAACAAGGCCUGAUGCAUCCUGUAGGAAUGAGCUCAGGUACUCUUUCAGCUGUUGAUGGAAACAGCUGUGGUGAUAAAUGUUAACAGUAGGUGGCACUAGAAAUCAGAUUUACUAUGCCUCCGAAACAACCUGAAACCUUUCAAAAGGCAUAUUGCUGAGUUACAGAGGGAGGAGGAUAGUAUUUAGAGCUUUUUCAAGGUGGAUAGGGUUUCCUUACUUCCUAUUUUUGUGUUUUGACAGUGAAACUAUACUGACUCUUCCAAUAUGUUGUCUGAAUAUAAACAAAUGUCUAUUGAUUUAAUUAAUUUUGUAGAUACUGUUUCUGUAUAAAGUUUUGGGAAACAUCACUAUACAUUAUGUAUAUAUUGUACUUUUAAAU